CUUCUCUUUUCCGAACGGUUGUAGAUCACGCCGAUCAAGACACACGCCAUGUUCUUAGGAUCAUGUUGUCAGAUGCCCAGCGUGGGCUUUGUUGUCUUCAUCUACGGGGUGGCCAACUUCCUGGCAUUGGUAGGCGAGACUACGUACAGUCUAGCAACCAUUUUUGAAAUGCCAGAAACUGACCACUAUUCGGAGUACUUCAGGGCCAUUAUCAACGGCACCGUGCGCGUGAUCACGAUCUCGAUGUGCGCUUGGUGGAUCGUGUCAGCCAGCCAGGCGCGGACCAAAGGCAUGAAGGUCGCCUUCGCGUGGAUUCUCCUUCGGGCUGUCGGCAACGUGAUGUACGCGUACGGAUGCGUUCUGUACGAGACGGUCAUCAUGCCCGAGAACCUGAUGUCCUUCCUGGGUGCAGCAGACACGUUUUCACACAGUACAAGAAUAGCUAGCGCUACAGCCUGGCUCCUUGGUGAGGGCAAGUUGGAUACCUCGUUCCAGAAGUGAGCCCGGACCCGGAGGUUCGUUUCGAACAUGGACCGGGCGCCGGCCAGGGCCGCGGCGAGCUCCGGACCCACGGGAAAGCCGAACCGCGCAAGGUUCACCGCGGGCGUGAACAGCUCGGCCCAUGGCAGCCGGCCGAAGCGCCGGUGCAGUUCGCCCAGACCGUGAACCACGCCAGGAACGGCCACUGCACGGCCACCUGCCGAAGAAAUGGCGCGUCAAGAAAUCGCUGAUGAAGCGAGAUGCAGUCCGAAAUAAUAUGGAGGCGACUGCAGAUGUCAGCUGGAUUAGAAAUUUCCGAAUGCUAUCGGCUUAGUAUCUGAAUAGUGGGUAUUAUAUAGGAAUAGAGCUGAAGCGGGAAAUGAAAGUGGAGGCGACUAGGACAGACACGAAGUUCGAGUGCAGUUUAUUGUAGC